CUGGUACCGAACGCGCCUUUUACUCCGAUCCGCGAGAAAAUAAACGCGGCACGCCGGUUACUUGUCUAGUUUUAUUUUUUCCUUUUCUUUUUUUUUUCUACCUUCGCCUCCGCAUCGUCACUCCUCCGCCCGUUCGUCCCCGCGACGGAAUAUUGUCCGUCUCCGGUGAAGAAGAAUUCAAAUUCACAGAAAUUCUUGCCGUAUCGGAUGCAUCGGAUUUGAAGAAUUUUCACAGCGGUUGAUUAACAACAGUGGAAAACGAAGAGGCGUGUUUUUGGGCGGAACUCCACGGAGAUUCGGAUGUACCCGAAGCACCUGCCCGCGUCUCCGUUAUCUCGAGUUAUUUUGUAGUCGUCGCUGUAUAAAGAGCGGCGGGAGAAUUGGUGCGCACCGUUUCUUUGCUUACUCCGUUGUCUCGUUUAUUUUUCGUUUCGUAUCCAGCCGAAUGGAAACUUGAAAGUAUUUCUAGCAGUUCUCGCAUCGAAGCUCUCGCUGGUUCGAUCGAUCAAAUCUAUCGAAUAGGCGAGACGUUAUAUUAUAUUCCCACAGAGUCCGGGUCAUCGGGAUCCGAGAGUGCAUACAUAUCUCGUUGGAAAAAUGAUAAUGUGCAGUUUCAAUCCAACGGGAAGAACACAAUGCGAAUGUUUUUCUAUCGUUGAAGAAAGAUUCCCAGGAAAAAUUUUUCUCAAAAGGAGCGUAAUUCUGACCUUAAAGGCUGAGGAACUCAAGUAAUUGUCGAACAGCUCUUAAUUAUACCUCUUGUCAGUAAGAGUGUCUGAAGAAAAGAAAAUUGUUACGCUUUAAUUGCAACUCUGCUAUUUGCACCAAGAAUAGUAGUCACGUAGUCGUCGUUCGUGUUGAUCUUAUACUGUAACGAGCAUCCUCGCGAACAUGAAAUUCUUAUUCACCGACUCAGGAUUAUACUUACCGAUGUGGGGCAGGAUCGAAAAGUCUUUGGUGUAAAAAAGCGAGAAAUUCGUGUCGCGAUUUUUCAAGAAAAAAAAACAAAAUUUCUCAACAGAGAAAUAUCGAGCCAACAUGCAACUCGCUACCGCCCCCAGGCCACAUCCACCCCCCGUACCACCCAGACCUAGCAGACAGGUGGUUGCUGAGGCUUUGAAGAGGUCACCUAGACCUCCUUGUCCGACUAGACAAGCUCCCCCUCCCCCUGACACGAAACCAUGGAGAGCUCAGGAGCAGGAAAACGUUCCCAAAACUGCGGGCCCUCCAGCAGGAGCCGGGAGGACGAUUGUGUACGAAUCUGCUUUGAAAGGGGUUAACGGCGAGUCGAGAGAAGUGGGUGAAAUCGGAGGUGCGGAUAAGAACGUUUUGGCCAGAUUAGCGACCGACGAAAAGUUGAAAGAUAAGAAUUUGACGUCAGGUACGGUCGAUCAAGCGCCGAUCGGAGGCGGAGGAGUGAGCGCUCGUGAUCUGGAAAUACUACAACGUCAACAACAGCAGCAACUCGGCGUAAGAAUUCUCAGUGAAAGGAACGAGAGGAACGCCUCGAACCUGCAGAUGCAGAUGCAACAUGGUCAGAGGCAACGUCCGACGCCGGUCGAGAGGCAUCAGCUCCAAGUUUCCCACAAUAACUUGAGGGUGCAUCAACUCAGACUGAUCAACGCCCCGAGGGAACUACCGGAGCCGACGAAAAACGCCGAACAAAACGCUAACAAGCAACCAAAGUUCACCAAUCAGAGGCAUAUUCAGGUCGUCAACGGCGCGGUGGUAUUCGAGGCGCAUAAUCCUCAGGUCAAAGUUACCCGCGAGCAGGAAGACGAGGUAAACACUUUCCCACAGGAUACGCAGAAGCCGGAUAUCCUCCCUGCGAUAGAAUUCGAGAAAAUAAAUUCUGCGAACUCUGUAAUCAAACCCGAGAGAAUCAAGGACUCGGACACUCGAAGAAGUCCCGAGUCUCCCGAAACCGUUGAGACGAAAGAAAAGGAGAACCGCAUCACGGAGUCCAAAGAGGAAGAUGAUCUCAAGCCCAAGACACCCCCGGGUAAAAUUUCGCACGACGAUUGCGCUACGGUCGUUGCAGUUGUCGACGAACCCGAGCCCGAACGCAAGGUCGCUUUCGAGGACAGUGUGAAUAUUCAGCACGAAGAUUGGUUGGAAGCUGGCGUCCGUUACUCCUCGACGAAAAUCACCCUUUCCGGUGACGAGGUAACGGACGAGGCUCACGAUUCCAGCUGCAGUUCCGCCGAAGAACAAUUCAGCGGAUUCGACGACUACCGAGAAGAAUUCACCGCCUUCGACUUCGCUAGUAUAAAAGAAAAAAUAGCCAUGUCGAGUCUGCAGGGACUCCCACCCCUGCCGAGAAGUUUGAGUGGAUUUAAUCUAAACACGAAUCGCGACGGAAACGAACCUCCGCCGCCACCAGCGAGGUCGUCCAGUAAACCGCAAAGAGGUGCCAGAGGAGCGCCAGGGGGCGGAAGACCUUCGACACAGGGACGCCAACUCACCACCCUUGACGGGCAGCUCGCAACCCUCAGGAGGGAAAUGUUCGGCCUACGUCAGUUGGACCUCUCGUUGCUAUCGCAGUUAUGGUCGUUGAACGAGUCGAUCCAGGAGUUCCGACACCUUCUUCAGGAGCAGGACGACCGGGCGCCUUCUCCUUCGCCGAGUAGCGAAGAGGGAGACGAUACAUCCUACGGUAGUCAUCCACCGCCUCACCCCAGGAGGCCUCCCCCCGUCACUCACCACCACAGGGCGCCACGACCUCCGCCCAGAAACGAUUCACCCUCGAGCGAGGAGUACGGCGCGGUCUGAAAGAGGAAUUUUCGUUUUAACGUUGGAUUGCCUCCACUCGAUUCGACCCGCGAUCUCCUCCUUCCCCCCCCCCUUUUUGUCACUCCACAUCGAACAGAGGCGAAGAGAAUUAUGAAAUUCACAAGGGCGUGGAGAAUCCCUACAGAAAUUGCAUAAGAACUACAGUGCUGAUCUCAAUGUACGGUGUUACGUUGGCGGCGUAGUCGUACGUACUUCUUUUAUUGUAAAUUUCUUAUAAAUAUACGUUAAUUAUGAUCUAUAUAGCUAUAGUCGAAUAAUUAUACAAAAAAUAUUUUCGUCGAACUUAAAUUAUUAUAAUUGAAAAAAAAAAAGAAGAGAAAAGAAGAGUAACGAAUCGACGCGACAAAUUGCCUUAGAAUACUCGUUCACUGUCACUGAAUAAUUUUGCUUUCAUAAAAUUGCAACCUUUUGUCAGGUCAACUUCGAUUCGUAACUCUGUUUCUAUUGAUACUUGUCCACGCGUGAUUCGAUAAUGAUAAUCGUAAUGUCCCAUGUGAUUAUUGAAUGAGCUGACGAAAUUUAGAACGCCUUUCAUUGGAAGAAAAUUUUUACUCAUAUGUAAAAUACGAAUUCAGAGUCGCAGGUUAUAAAAUUGUUCUCAAAUCCUAAAGAUAUCUCUUUAAGUAUAUUUACGAUUUUAUACGUAAAGAAAAAAUAAUAAUUCAAAAAAAUGAAUGAAUAAAUAAA